AUGGUCUAUGCCUAUCAAUUUACUAACAUUACCGCCAUUCAAUUGUUGAAUUCUUUUACAAUACCUGCAGUUAUGCUACUUUCGUGUAUUUUUCUUUCUACACGUUACAAAAGUGGGCAAUUUGCAGCUGUCGCAAUUUGUCUUCUCGGCCUAGGCUUAACUAUCUACACCGAUGCAAUUCAUGAUAAAGGAUUAAAUAGUGGGACGAAUAAAUUUAUUGGAGAUUUUCUUUGUUUAAUUGGCACAUUUUUAUAUGCUGUGUCCAAUGUUUCAGAAGAAUGCUUAGUUAAACAAUAUUCUCGGUAA